AGGAGUGGCAACACAAGAGCCCGAUUGUUUUCUUCAUGUACUGAGGAUUUCAGGUUUGCGCAGACAACGUCGAAUUCCUCAAGUUGAAACGACAGCUGACUGGAUGCAAACCUUGUGUACGCUGCUCUGCCUGGGCAUUGUGGGGGCUAUGCACCCGGGCGACCAGGUGGCCCAACAUGCCAUCAAGCUGCACCGUGGCCAGGGAGCAGCUGCCAACCACGGCCUCCGGUGGGUGUCGGAGAACUGCCGCCGGCUUGCAGGCCUCCUGCGGCAGAAGAACGCCGCUGUGCGGAAGCUGGGGGCGGCCGCGGCAGCAGCAGGGCGAGACCGGGCGCUCUCAGAUGCAGAGCGGCUCUUCCAGGUGCACACGCUGGAGGUGUUCCAGAGGGAGCUGAACGAAAGUGAGAGAUCCGUGUUCCAAGCCAUGCUUGGACUGCAGCGCGUGCUCAAAGGUGACUUCAGGGAUGUGGUGAACAUGAAAGAGAGCAGCCGCCAGAGGCUGGAAGCACUACGGGAGGCUGCCAUUAAAGAGGAGCAGGAGUAUGUGGAGCUGGUCGCGGCCGAGAAGCACCAGCAGGAAGCACUGAAGGUGGCACAGGACCAGAACAAGACCCUCUCCAUGCUGGACGAGAUCCUCGAGGAUGUGCGGAGGGCUGCUGACCGCCUGGAGGAGGAGAUCGAAGAUCACGUCUUUGACAACAACAAGCAGAUGAAGGGUGUUAAUGUGGAGGCAGUCCUGAGAGUAGAGGAGGAUGAAGAGGAUAGUAAGAGGAGGAAUGUGUCACGGCUGGUGGCAGAGAGUGACCUGGGACUGAGCAUGCUCAUUGACUCCCAGAACAACCAGUACGUCCUCACCAAGCCCCGGGACUCCACCAUUCCUCGCGCUGACCACCACUUCAUUAAGGAUCUGGUUUCGGUGGUCAUGCUUUCUCUGCCUUGUGGCUGGCUGUGUACUCUAAUGGAACUGCCUCCUAUGUUUGGGUACAUAGUUUGUGGGGUUCUCCUAGGUCCCUCAGGACUCAACAGCAUUCAGUCCAUGGUUCAGGUAGAGACACUGGGGGAGCUGGGUGUGUUUUUCACCCUCUUCAUGGUUGGCCUUGAGUUCUCACCUGAACGACUCCACAAGGUCUGGAAAAUCUCUGUCCAAGGCUCUGGCUACCUUAGCUUCCUCAUGGUGGGAGCAGGGCUUCUGUGGGGACAAAUGUUUAGGCUCCACCCCACUCAGACUGUCUUCAUUUCCAGUUGUCUAUCACUGUCCAGCACUCCUCUUGUGUCACGGUUUCUGUCUGGUGGGACAAGGGGAGAUAAAGAAGGUGAACUGGACUAUAGCAGUGUCCUGCUAGGAAUGCUGGUAAUGCAGGAUGUUCAGCUGGGUCUGUUCAUCGCUGUCAUGCCAACUCUUAUCCAAGCAAGCAAUGGAGACAUAGACAGUGCUCUGAUUGGAGGCUUACAUGUUCUGGUGCUGCUGGCUCAAGUACUAGUCUCCCUUGCUGUUGUACUGCUGCUCUGCUGGCUCCUCAGAGCUCAUCUGAUUGGUCCAUUCUACAGAAAGCUACAUGCUGAGAGCAAAGGGAACAAAGAGAUACUUGUGUUGGGGACAACAGCAUUUGUGUUCUUAAUGCUGACAGUGACAGAAUUACUGGAUAUUUCCAUGGAGCUAGGCUGUUUCCUUGCUGGAGCUGUCCUUUCCUCACAAGGUUCCAUGGUCACCAGUGAGGUCACAAGCUGUGUUGAGCCAAUCAGAGACUUCCUGGCAAUUAUCUUCUUUGCAUCUAUUGGGCUGCACGUGUUCCCAACUUUUGUCCUUUAUGAGCUGACCAUCCUUCUGGUGUUAACCUUGACACUGGUGGUCAUGAAGUUUGUCAUGGCAAUGCUGGUGCUGUCAACCAUCCUUCCCCCCGGCUCCCGCCACAUUCGUUGGCUGGUAUCAGCUGGCCUGGCACAAGUCAGUGAGUUCUCCUUUGUCCUGGGCAGCCGUGCCCGCAGAGCUGGCAUUAUCUCUCGAGAGGUGUACCUGCUUGUUCUCAGCGUCACCACAUUAAGUCUGCUGUUAGCACCGGUACUAUGGAGAGCUGCUACUCUUAAAUGCAUUCCUAGGAAUGAGAAAAGACAGGUCACCUGACCCACCCUCGGUGUUGAGGAGGCCUACCUCUGUACUACUGUGGAAAGCUGUGGUAUAGCAAGGGCUGUGAAGUGAGGUCUUUGGGCAUUGACGCACAGAAACUGUAUCGCAAUAGAUCAAUACACUAUGAGGUAUUGAUCCCUCUGGGAUUAUGGAACCCUGCUGCAUCACGCAUUCUAGAAUCAUGGUGUGUAAGAGCAUUUUUCCUCCUUCUGCUAUGGGGCAUGUUUAGAGCUCUGACCAGUUGAGUGCACAAAAGGACAAAGGAUGACCCAGACUUCCAUAUCUGUGUCUGCAUUGUGGCUUGAGCGCAUAAUCUUUAAUAUUGUAUAAAGAUCUCUAUUUAUUCCUGUAGAUUUGCAAGCUACUCUACUCAUACUAGGAAGCGCCUAAACGUGCCUUGAUAUCAGCUGAUGUCAGCCAAUGCCAAGAUACACACUAGCAAAUAACCUGGCUGAAAUCACAUGAGGCAUGUACGUACGAGUGGGCAUAAUGCAUACUCGUUCUUUCAGUGGCAUCAGUCUUUGAAAUCUCCGAAUUGAUUUUUGCACAUGUAGUUUGCACAUUCUUGUAGACUGUUAUAAAGAUCAUGAAGGAAUGAAACUGCAAUGGAGGAAAAGUGCAUAGUUAAUGUCAAACACAUUCCAGUCCUCUAAUGUAAAGAACGUGGCCACUUUUAGGAGUGGCAGUGUUUAAUUUUCUUGAAUGUCAAAUAAAUUAUUUUUCAAAAUCUGUA